UAUGUUUCAAAGUUUUAAGCUCAUUUCGACAUUCGAGGUACAUCUUGAAACAAUAAUAGGUUGAUUGGAUGUUGUAAUCAGAUCUCUCGUAAAAACUAUUGUGAUUUUUGGUUAAACAAUUGUUUUGAAUAUUUUUUUUAGAAUUUAUCAAAAUUUUUUAUUUCGGCUAUUAUUACUCGAAAUGUAACUUGUAAUUAUUAUGUAAGCUAUUGAUUAUUUUCCAUAACAACUGGAAAAAUAAUACUUAUUGCCUUUUUCAUUUUGUUUAAAUCUGUGAAUCCUAACAUCGCAAAGAUUAUGUGGCUUUUUGUAGUGCAGUUACUUGCAGUAGUGUUCAACGUUUCACGGUCGGAAUUUAUAUAUUCCUUGUAUAACAUAAGUUCAGUACCUCCACUUGACAAUCUAUGCGGCUUGUCUCGAGCACAGAUCUUAGCCGCGCAGCAAAGCAACAACGUGAAAAAAGGUCCGUCGUCGUCACCGAAACGACCGUACGUUUUGGCUCCGUGUUUGGAAACCGAGUGCUCUGCAGUGCGGCAACGAGAGCUCAUCGAUUGUCUGACAUACGAAGCGAUCGCCAGCCAGAACCUCGAUGAUCAGCUGGCGUUGAACGUGCGGUCACUCGAAAGCCAGCUUAUCGCGGCCGCGGAUGACCGGGAACGGUCGACGGCCUUGCUACUCGAGGUGGCAAACCGAAUGAACGCGGCCAACUGCGAGUACCGUGAGUCCGCGAUGGCGGCCGAUAUGGCGUCCCGGCAGCUGGCGGAGCAGCACGAAGUCGUCAGCGAAGCCCAAGCGUUAGUAAACAACAUCAUCAUCCUGCUGGCUGAAGCCAAGGAUUCCAUGACGGCCUACGUUCAACUAAAGCAGGACACGGACGAGUUCAGCGUGUACGCCCCCGGAAAUCGGCAAAAGAACAACGGGUGUGCAGACGGUACCGGAAGUGGUGUCGUCAGAGGCUUCUCACAUGUGGCCAAAGUUGAUGCGCCUCCGCCGUCGCCGCCAAACAAAGCGAGCCCAACCAAGGAGAGCCCUACCUAG